AUGGCCGAGCAAGGCGGGGCGGCCGGCGCUCCCCGCGGCGCGGUUGGAGCGGGUUGUGGAGCGGAGCUGCAGAGUGCCACCAUGUUCCAGGGCGCUGAGGCCGAGCCGGCCAAGCCUAGCUCCAGGGUAUUGAAGCCCCCAGGGGGAGACUCUAGUAAUCUCUUUGGGAGUACAGAAGUGUCUUCUUCAAGCAGGCCACACCGGAUGGUAUCCAAUAUCUUUGGAGCAUCAGAGCAACCUCAGAACAUUCCAAAAAGAACAAACCCUCCAGGAGGAAAAGAAAGUGGCAUCUUUGAGGACUCUAGUUCUGCUCAGCCUCGUCCACGCUUGAAUCCACCCGGUGGGAAGACAAGCGAUAUCUUUGGGUCUCCUGUCUCUCCUAGCAUUGUGCGAGCACACCCGAACAAACCCAAGGAUCACAUUGUCUUAAAAGAAGAGGAAAUACCAAAGAAGCUAGAAGCUACAGAAAAUAUCAAACCACAGCUGGAAGAUGGAAGCGAGAAAAAAGCUCUGGGCAAAGAGGAGCAAUGCAAGGAGCCAGAACCCAAGAUAGACAAUCACGAACCGCGACUAGGACCAAGGCCACGUUCGCACAACAAAGUCCUCAAUCCGCCCGGGGGGAAAUCCAGCAUUGCAUUCUAUUAGGGUCAUCGUGUCACUGUCACUAAUGGAGAAAGUCUUGUCUGUGCUGGUGAGGUCAGUUUAUACACUAUUGCUUGUGAAUAGAUUCUUAGGCAGAUGGAUGAGGGUUAUGUUAGAGUAUAUAGGAAGGAUAACCUGGUGAUUUGGGGAGGAAGGGCUGGGGAGGGAAUGGGUGCCUUGUGGAAGAUGUGAGUACUGGCCUGCCUGGGUGGGUGGCAGAGCCAGACAUUAGUGUAACUUUGUGAAAAAUCAGUGCUACUUAGUGGUGAGUUCCUCAGACUGUUAGGUUCUUAGCUAGCUUGUGGCUCAGGACGCUCUUGUGGAAUCAGGCUUCCAUACAGUCAACAUGUCAAACAUUGUGAAUGGGAAGGGGCCUGAAGGUCGCACUUGAAGAUUUUGAAGUAAAGCAGGUAGGCUGGGCUUUCCCCUAGGCAAUGGGAUGCAGCUUCCAGCGUGAGCUGACUUGCAGUCGUGUGAAUAUAAAUAUGUUUCGCAGGAACAAGUAGUGCUGCCAUGAUUAAGAGUGUCUUCAGUCAUUGCUUCUUUUUCUCCUUUCUUGCUUGCAGCACAUGAUUGCUGAUACAAGGACAAAAUAUGCUGAAAGUUUUAUACUCAUAAACAAUCAUAUGUUUGUAAAGAUUGUGGUCUUCCCCUUUCUAGGUAUUCAGGUCUUUUGGAUGCCUUUAGUAAUUUGCUGAUCACUGUGACUAGCUCUUCACAUGUGGCAGUCCAACUUGCUGUUUCAUGUAGGUGCUUCUAGUUGUGUGCUUAUAUGUUUUCUGGUAAAGAUGUGGGUGCAAACAAUAGCUUUAUGGUACUCUUUGAACAGAGGCAACUUGGAAGUUUACCAUGGAGCAUACAGUGAGGUGUCAGCCAGGUCACUCUGACCCAGCCUUUGUAAAAAGGGCUUAGUUUCUGCACAGGUUUUCACUUGGCUCCCUGUGGAAACCAGGACAGUUCUCCUGUCUCCACCACAGUGAAUUUCUUGUUGGUUUUGCCUGUGCUGAGUCUGUUAGUGAAUUCUCCUGUCUUUCGUCAGCCUUACCUUUGCCUUUGACUGUCUCAGAUUUUUGUUGGGAAAGCGAUGUUAGUUCUCCCCAACCUAGAGCUGUAGUUGAUUUUGCUGUAGAUUACCUUAGUUGGAAAAUCAAAGCCAGCACAAACAGAAGGUUUGUAUUACUAAAAUCUGUCAUAAAUCAUGUUUGGAAGAUGUGCAUGUUUUGCGCAGAUGUUUUUGGGGGAGGAUUUGUUCUCUGAAUGGAUUUUAUGAUCCUAUCCAGAGCUUUGCAAUAUGAAUGUUAACUCUAGGUGCUUACUGUUAAAUAUAUUGAAUACUGCCCUUUUAAAUCUGACAUCAAAACAUUUCUUGCAUUUCUUUCUUUGGAGUCUAAAGAAUGUUUUCAGCUCUUCAGGUACACCAAAGAACAAGUGGCCUUAUUGUGUAUAUCCACUGCUGUUCUAGCCCACAUUCCCUGGGAACAACUGCCAUUGAGACGGGAUGCUGGGCCAGGUGCUAAACCUUUCUGUGAUUGUAAUGCUUCCUAGGCCGCACAGUUCCCUUGUGUCAGCAGCAGUGGGUGACUGCUUUGACUUAGUUGCCUUUUCAAAUAGUGAAACAUAUGGGGCAGUGCUAGGAUAGAAACAGCCAUGGAAAGUAGGGAUUCAAAUGCCUUUGUACCUUUCAGAUUGGUUUGGAGCUGCCUGUUAAUUUUCCCCCCAGGAAAACAAGGCAGUAGUUCAAACUGCAACCCUGGAAUGAACUUAUAUUAGUUCCAAAUAUGUACUUCUUAGCACCUCUUCCUGGGUCUGUGCUCUCCAGCCCCUGGCUGAGUCUCAGACACAUUAGCCAUUUCAGUUCCUUGUUCCAGUACUUGACAGGAAGCUGUCAUAUAGAAAAGUCAACCAGAGGCUGCUUCCUACAUUGCAGGCUCUGGUGUAGCUGAUGCUAUCUGCAAUACCAAGCAUUUGGCAUCUUUUAUUUAGUACAUGAUGUGCAUUGGCUUCAGUGCCUGUCCUUUAAAGAGCAACUUCUAACUAGGCCUUAAAUUAGUUAAACUCUGUUAAAUUACUUGCAUUUCUUUCUUUGGAAUCUAAACAAUGUUUUCAGCUCUUCAAGUAAGAUUGAUCUGAGCAUUUCUCUGGGACAGAAGGGGAUUGGAAAUCAAAUGACAGAACAUGCAGUUUACCAAUAAACAAGUAUUUUGUCACUUCA